GGAAAGGGUUGAAUUCUAAAAUGCAUGUGAUACAGUUUCUGAACGGAGUUGUCGAUGCUUACUACCAUGCGUACUAAUAUGCACAAUAGGGAAUACUUGUCGGCUGAUCUAAUUGACUAGCACUCUGUACUUACACUGAAAUAUCCGGUUUCUUGAUAAUAUUGCAGUCCGAGCUGUGAAUAGUGGAAAAACCGUGUAAAACGUGUUUUAGAAGAAACUUUAAAUGGAAUUUCCAGCGCGUAUUUGUAAAUUACGUACAUAUAGAAACGACGUAACAUUUCCAUGCACACAUACAAACUAAGGAGUUGUAAACUUUGUUAGCGUUCGAUAGGGAUAUCAAAGUUAUCUUGUGUGCGGGGUUACAGAGGAUUGAUAGGUCCGGCUACUUAACGUGGUACAUAUGUUUGUUAGGCCUCUGGCGUUGACUCAUUCUUGUUAUAGAUACUGAUGUGAUAAUACCCAUCGCGAGCCCAUAGAUACGUGAGCACGAACAGGGAAGAUAUUAUAACAGUGUGCAGAGAGACAGCGACCAGAGCGCCAUGCUGUACAACACACGGAACCUGCUUUGUGCGAUAUCUGUGAUUCUGUUUUUGUACACACAAUAUGGACCAUACGUAGAAAGCAGGUGUGUCUUAAAGACUACACGCUCAACGGAGUCCACAAAAGAUUUGUUUAUUGGGCGAUGUCUUCACUUCCAAACCUUUGUCAACAGUGCACCAUUUUGCUCAGAGCCGAAAAACUGCAGUACGCUAUGGGAGCUUUUCCUGUCAGGGUUCGCGCACCAAACACCUUGUAAUUCGUCAAGUGAUGGCUUCAAGCCUUUUCUGGAUGCGGCGUACCACGAUACUCCUCGUGACAAGCUUAUCUUCUGGUCCGGGGUGUAUGACUUGGUGACCAGGUACACGAACAAUGGCAAAAAGCGGAUCUCUGUUACCAAUACACUGACAGGAUACUUAGUGGACGGCCUUACAUUCUGUGGAAGCAAUACCUCAGUGGAUGGAAACGAGGCUGAUCUGACGUCAUGUAAGCGAUGUCCUGAUUCGACGUAUGCGGCUUUUUGGUCGAUAGCUUCAAUAAACUAUGCACAAAGCGCCAAAGGAUCAAUCGAGAUCAUGCUGAACGCCAGUCGAAGCCCUGCCUUCAGAUCUAACUCAUUUUUUGGAAGCAAAGAACUGCCUAAUUUGAACUCAAAUGUCACAAGUGCUCGUUUGAUACUUGUGCAUUAUGUGGGAUACCAACCGAAAGAAACUUGUUCGAGUCCAUCUGUGAAGAAUCUGACUAGCAUAUUGACGUCAAAAAAUAUCCAGACUGUAUGUGUGGAGCAACCGAGAGACGUGGAAAUGCUACAGUGUGCAGAUUUUCCAGGUUCCCAACCCGCGGCUUGUAACAACAUAUUCGUCUCCUCGGGAUCAGCCAGACAGGGCGUGUCUAUGGUCGCCAGUGUUGCUGUGGCAAUAAUUUCUGUAAUCCUGUGGCUUGUGUGACAUCCCUAACGAUUGUGAUUGCAUGGUCUAUAUGACUUUGCUAACGUUUGAUUGGUGGGAACUAUGGAUAUUACUUGCAAUUUGGAGUUUUGACAAAACAACUAUAAUGAAUAUGACAAAAAUUACAUUUUAUUUGGAAAACUGGAUAAACAGUAUGGUGUACACAACAUCGUUACACUAAUUGUCGAGCAAUUUAUCUAUAGGCAAUGUGUUUAAGUUGUCAGAUCAACCUAUUUUAGAAAGUGCAAAGAUCAAUAUAGUAAAUAAUUACAACAUUGAGAAAUACAAAGCAAGUAUCAAAGGUAAACAAAUGGAUUUCCUCCGUAAAUAAAGACUUUUUCAAAACAUGAUAUAAAAGACAAUCUGCGAAUACUUGACCAUUUGCUGUAGUUGCGUAUUUGUUUAUAUAUAUGUUAUAUAAAACCUUUGUUAAAUUGGUAUAUGAUAUGGUUUAUGAAGGAGUGACAAGAAAUGGUCUAUAAUUUUUGUACAUGCAUGAAUUUUAAUGAAUAAUCCCUAAUGAUAACAUAAUACAAGACCUGUGAAUGUAUGUAACAUAAUUGAUGCUGAACUGUAUUGUACACAAGUUUUCUUUAUGGCUGACAACUUACAUAUUAUAUAACUUACAUAUAUCAAGUGUAGAUAUGUCAGUACAAGUGUCUAUAUCUAAGGGUAUGCGACUGCGUGUGAAAGCUGUGAAAAUACGAUUGGUUGGUGACUGUGUGGUUUAUGUAACAUCGCUAACAAUUGGUGUGUGACUGUUUGCUUUAUGUGUCAUCGAUACCGAUUGGUUGAUGAUUGUAUUUUUUGUGACAUCACUACCGAUUGGUUGGUGACUCCGUGGUUUAUAUGACAUCACUACCGAUUGGUUGGUGACUGUGUGGUUCAUGUGACAUCACCACCGAUUGGUUGGUGACUGUUUGCUUUAUGUGUCAUCGAUACCGAUUGGUUGAUGAUUGUAUUUUUUGUGACAUCACUACCGAUUGGUUGGUGACUCCGUGGUUUAUAUGACAUCACUACCGAUUGGUUGGUGACUGUGUGGUUCAUGUGACAUCACCACCGAUUGGUUGGUGACUGUGUGGUUUAUGUGACAUCACUACCGAUUGGUUGGUGACUGUGGUUUAUGUGACAACACUACCGAUUGGUUGGUGACUGUGUGCUUUAUGUGACAUCACUACCGAUUGGUUGGUGACUGUGUGGUUUAUGUGACAUCACUACCGAUUGGUUGGUGACUGUGUGGUUCAUGUGACAUCAUUACCGAUUGGUUGGUGACUGUAUGGUUUAUGUGACAUCACUACCGAUUGGUUGGUGACUGUGUGGUUCAUGUGUCAUCGAUACCGUUUGGUUGAUGAUUGUAUUUUUUGUGACAUCACUACCGAUUGGUUGGUGACUGUGUGGUUUAUAUGACAUCACUACCGAUUGGUUGGUGACUGUGUGGUUUAUGUGACAUCACUACCGAUUGGUUGGUGACUGUGUGGUUUAUGUGACAUCACUACCUAUUGGUUGGUGACUGUCUGGUUUAUGUGACAUCACUACCGAUUGGUUGGUGACUGUGUGCUUUAUGUGACAUCACUACCGAUUGGUUGGUGACUGUGUGGUUCAUGUGACAUCAAUACCGAUUGGUUUGUGACUAUGUUCAAUAUCUGAGUUACCAGACUAACAGAAAUAUACAUGUCAUGAUAUGUUUCAUCACAUCUUACGUUUUACCAUUUACAGUUUCAUUGAUAGAUGUCUUUUAACUUUUUUAACUUUUUAUUUUUGUCCGAAGCUAAAUCAACUGUUACAUAAUAUUACAUGCUUGAACAUUGAAAAUUAUGGUUCUAAUGGCAGAUGUGUUCAAAAUAUUUCAUUUUAUCAAUGUCAUUAAUGUCAUAAAAUGGAAACGAAUGUAAAAUAACAUUUAUCGCAUAAUUAAUAUCCAUCAGAAAAACAAGAAAAACAAUCAAGGACAGGCGAUUUUCCACAAUCGAUUUCAUAUAUUUUCCCUUUAAAAUAACCAUGUGAUUUCAAUUAUUUAUGACGUCAUUAAAUGUGUGUCAUGCGACAUUGACAUAUGACAGAACAUAACAAUUCUUUGAUAGAAUAAUGAUAUUGAUGUUACUAAUUUCAUUUUGUUAUUCCAUAAACAAUAUCCACACAAUAACAUUUUUAUAAUAAAGUAUAGUGACACAU